CGGCCAUGGAGCCGCUUCCCAAGGAGGGCGAGAGCGCGGCGGGGACCGGCGGCGAGCCCAGCCGGGGCGCUGCCCCCUCCAGCGGGGUGGUGGUGCAGGUCCGCGAGAAGAAGGGGCCCCUGCGCGCCGCCAUCCCCUACAUGCCCUUCCCCGUGGCCGUCAUCUGCCUCUUCCUCAACACCUUCGUGCCCGGGCUGGGGACGUUUGUAUCAGCCUUCACCGUGCUGUGCGGCGCCCGGACCGACCUCCCCGACAGGCACAUGUGCUGUGUCUUCUGGCUGAACAUCGCCGCGGCCCUCAUUCAGAUCCUCACAGCAAUCGUGAUGGUUGGCUGGAUUAUGAGUAUAUUCUGGGGGAUGGACAUGGUCAUUCUCGCAAUCUCACAAGGCUACAAGGAGCAGGGGAUCCCGCAGCAGCUGUAGCGGCCGGGACGAGCAUGCUCCGAGACACGCGGCGAGACAUUUCCUGGGGCACCUGGGGGCCACGGACCGUUUCAUUACCCUUUUUUUUUUUUUCUUUUCUUUUUUUU